AUGCAACAGAGAAGAGCUGACGCGACAACCCCAGAGAGACAUGAGCGUCAAGACUCAAACCGAAGAUCUACAGAAGCAGCUAGAGCGGAAGAAAAUACCCCCCUCCGAGAUGCACGGCGCGAAGCGAAUCGCAAUGCGACACGAGGAGCUAGAGCCGAGGAAAUUACUCCUGCUCGUGAGGCGCGGCGAGACCUUGACCGUCUAUCCACCCAACGAUCAAGGGAUGCACAAGACACACCGACUCGGAAUGCCCGGCAACGAUCCGACGGCCAGGCUCGAACGGCUUCUCGGCAGCUCUUCCCCCCACUACCCGAAUCCUCGCUUUCGUAUCGCGAUCUCGGCAUGGUCCAUAUUGAGUGUUCGCACUGCAAAGCUCUGCAUUUCGUCCAAGAACGCAUCGUGAGCAGCUCUGCCGCAAGGCCCAUGUUUUCCACAUGCUGUGGGAAGGGGAAGCUGUCACUGCCCCUUCUCACCGACCCGCCAGCUCUUCUGCGCUCUCUUCUCAUCGAUGAUACUCCAAGGGCCCGCCGCUUCCGUAAAAACAUUCGAGCAUACAAUUCAGCGCUGUCUAUGGCGUCCGUGGUCGCCAAAUGGGUGAAAAGAGGGCCCGGUACUUCCAAUUUUAACCCCACAAUGACGAUGCAGGGCGAGAUGUACCAUUACAUGGGUCCCAUGAUGCCAUCCGAGGGGCGGGCGCCUUCCUUUGCUUCCGUUUACAUUCACGACACUGACUACGGUACUCAAACGCGCACAAGGCUUGGCGGAGCCUCUACACGACUGGAAGACACACUGUUAAUGCAACUGACGCACAUGCUGCACGAAUGCAACCCCUACGUGCAGACUGUUCUCAGUAUGCGAGAAUGGGCUCAAUCCCCUCAACCCAACACUCCAGCCCCGUACCAGAUGGUCAUCCAUGCCGACCGCAGGCCAAGUCAUGAGCACGUGCGCCGGUACAAUGUGCUGGAUCCGAUUUCAGUCAGUCAUCGUGCAUACGAUCCGUUGAGUUACGUGCUUUUGUUCCCGAACGGUAGAGAUGGAUGGUAUCCAGAGCUUCGAUUCUCCAGUGAUGACGACGGCAGACGUACCAAGAUUACUCCGAUGAUGUACUACGGAUGGCAUUUGUUCGAAAGAGCAGGCGAGUUCAGCACAAUUUUGCACGCAGCGCGACUCUUUCAGCAAUAUUUGGUUGACCAGUUCUGCAAAGUGGAGGCAGAAAGGCUUUCGUAUCUCCGCCACAACCAGACACAGCUUCGAGCCGCCGACUACACCUCACUGCGUGACAGCCUAGGAGACUCCGGUCGUGCUGAAGAUGAAGCCGAUGCUGUGCGUGCGGGACGACUGUUCAUUCUCCCUUCCACGUACAUUGGAGGUGACCGCUACAUGAGGCAGCAGAUGCACGACAUCAUUGCUAUAUCGAACCAAAUUGGCCACCCGGACAUCUUCCUCACUAUGACAUGCAAUCCAAGCUGGCCGGAGAUCACAAGACCCCUACUGCCGAACCAAACGCCUCAGGACAGACCGGACCUGUGCGCACGUGUGUUUCGUCUGAAAAUGAAAGAUCUCAUGUCCUUGGUCAUCAACGAGGAAGUAUUCGGAACCGUCGUUGCCCAUGUACGAGUCAUCGAAUUUCAGAAACGCGGUCUUCCCCACGCUCACGUUGUAUUUUUCCUAGAUGAAGUCUCCAAGAAUGAUCUGCGUACUCCCGAAAACGUCGACCGCAUUAUCUCUGCCGAGAUCCCGUCUGCCCAAGAUCCAGAACUCCAAGAGGUCGUGCUCAAGCAUAUGAUUCACAAUCCAUGUGGAGAACGCAAUCCAACAGCCGUGUGCAUGGGCGAGCAGUACUGCAGGAAAGGGUUUCCAAAAUCGUUCAAACACGAAACCAGCCAGUCCCACAAUGGCGUCUCCAUCGAGCGACCCUCCCGUGUUGGCCGACGACAGCAAUCCGUCGUGGUCGACAACUCCUGGGUCGUUCCCCACAGUCCUCUGCUUCUACGAUCAUUCGCUUGCCAUUUGAAUGUGGAACUCUGCGUGUCACGCGUUGGCGGAAUCAAGUACCUCUUCAAGUAUGUUUGCAAGGGACAAGACCGAGCCGCAUGGAGGUUAUUCUCCUUUGACAUUGUAGAUCGCAAUCCUCCAGUGGUCAGACUUACGGUGCAUCUGCCCAACCACCAUACAGUAUACUUUGAGGAAGGGCGAGAGCAGGAGGCGGCGCUUCGACCAGCAUCAGGUACGAAGCUGACCGAGUGGUUUAAAGCCAACGAGAAGUACCCAAGCGCGAGGCAUCUUCGGUACCACAAGUUUCCAAGGUACUUUACGUGGAAGACACGCACCAAGUCAUGGACCUACGAUUUCAGUGGUACAGGUGCCAACGUAGUCGGUCGAAUCUACACUGUCAGUCCGAGGGAGGGUGAGCGCUACUUUCUUCGCCUCCUCCUCACACAAGUGCCAGGGGCAACAUCCUUCGAGAACUUGCGAAAUAUCGACGGCGAGCAGUGCACCAGCUUCCGACAAGCUUGCUUACGACUCGGUUUGCUGGCCGACGAUGCCGAGUGGAAGCACGCAAUCCGAGAUUCAUUCCGGUCAAGCUUCGUUCCUCUUUCUCAUCUGUUUGCUACGAUUCUGGCACACUGCCAGCCUUCGGACCCUCUCUCGCUGUGGAACGACCACCUGGACAUGUUUCUCACCGAUAUUCGCAAUCGUGCACGCAGACAACCCAUUCGAAGACAGCAUCUUCGCGAUGAUCACCACGCCACAUCUUACGUACUUCGAGAGGUACAGGAGGCUCUGCAGACCCACGAGCGCAGCAGUGGGAAGGGCGACUACAGACGUCACUUCCUUCGUACGAGCCGUAAGCAGGUCAUCGCUGUCGCUACGUCUGCUGUUGCUGCUGUGCUGCUCGACGGUGGACGCACCGCUCAUUCCGUGUUCAAGAUUCCCAUUCCUGUAUCUGCCGAAAGCACGUGCAGCUUCUCCGCAAACUCCGACACAGGCCGUACAAUGCAACAAGUCGAUCUCAUCAUAUGGGACGAGAUCGUCAUGUGCCAUCGACAUUGCAUUGAGACUGUCGAUCGCUCCCUUCGAGACUUGAUGCAAACCGACCGGCCCUUCGGAGGAAAGUUCCUCGUGCUCGCUGGAGACUUUAGACAAAUCCUUCCCGUCGUUCCGGGCGGGUCCAGAGGUCAAAUCGUGAGUGCGUGCGUCAAGGCUUCCCCGCUGUAUCGAGAGUGCCGAUUCCUGCGCCCUACCGAGAACAUGCGCCUUGCUGCUCUCCGAGCGGACCCUGCAGCAGAUGUGGAGGCUCUCAACUUUCCAGAAUUCUUCCUCCGCGUCGGGGAAGGCAGACUUCAAGGCGAACAGCGCCCGGAAUGGAUCUCACUACCACAGUCCGUUGCGUUCGAGCACACCAUCCGCAAUUUAUGCCUCAAGGUCUUCCAAGGCAUUCGAGACAAUCACGCCGACCCUGCCUGGCUCACCAAGCGCGUUAUACUCACCACAAAGAACAGGCCGCUCGAGGAAGUCAACGAGGUCAUCGGCAACAUGAUUCCGGGAUCGUAUCGAACGUAUUUGAGCGCAGAAAAGGUCGAGAACGAAGACACCAACGCGCUGAUCUAUCCCACAGAAAUGCUCAACACCUUGACCGCCGGAUCUGCUCUACCAGACCACAAGCUCAAGCUCAAGAAAGGCUUCAUCGUCAUGCUUCUGCGCAAUCUCGAUCCCGCUACCGGUCACGUCAACGGCGCGCGAUAUGUCAUCGAGAACAUGACCAACAACCUGCUCUUUCUACACGUUACCACCGGGUCACACCAAGGCAACAGACUGUGUCUUCCUCGAAUGCCCUGCGGACCAGGAGACGACAACUUUCCCAUCCCUGGCUUCACCCGAACGCAGUUCCCCAUUCGCACGUGCUUCGCCCUUACAACGAAAAAAGCGCAAGGCCAAUCCUUCGGUGGCCGCAUUGGUCUCGACUUACGAGAUCACUGCUUCUCGCACGGUCAACUCUAUGUCGCACUAUCAAGGACUACUCACCCAGGCAACGUCACUGUCCUCACUCGAGAGUCCAAUGAAACCACGCGAAACGUAGUGUACCCCGAGGUCCUUCAGUAG